AUGUCGACCGAACCCAUCAAAAAUGUUGCAAUUGUCGGUGCCAGUGGUCGUAUUGGUGGUGCAUUCGCCAAGGCUCUAUUGGAAACCGGGAAACACAACGUCACUGCCCUCGGACGAGAGGGCAGCAACGGCACAUUCCCCGAGGGGGUAAACGUCAUCAAAGUCGACUACGAUGACGAAGAUUCGAUUAUCAGCGCCCUCAAAGGCCAGCAGUUUCUUGCUAUCACCCUUGGGGUUCAGGCACCUCCCGAUCUGCAUGCGAGAAUCACCGCCGCUGCCGGAAAAGCCGGCGUCACUUAUAUCAUGCCCAACGCCUAUGGAUAUCCAGUAGACUCUGCCAGUGACGAUACUUACGGUAAACUCGUCGUUGAGCGAUUGAAAGAUGCCGAUAACGGUGUCUCGUCACCAGUUGCGCUUUUCUGUGGAUUCUGGUACGAGUGGAGUCUGGCGAUUGGUGAGCAGUGGUUCGGCUUCACGAUCAAAGAUCGGAAAGUCACAUUUUUCGACGACGGCAAGCGUACCAUCACAGUCAGCACGUGGAACCAAUGUGGUCGGGCAUUCGCUGCUUUGCUCAGUCUGCCGGAGUCCGGUAGCAGCCCGUGCUUGACAGAUUUCAAUCAGGUCCGUAUGUACAGCUUUCAAGUCUCCCAGCGUGACAUGUUGGAUAGUCUGAACAGAGUGCUCGGCACAACGGACUCUGACUGGGAGAUCAAAUAUGAGCCCGUCUCCAAGCGCCUCAAGGAUGGUGCCGAGGAAAUGGCCAAAGGAAUCUUCACCGGUUUCCCAAAGAUGCUGUACGGAGGUGUAUUUCGGGCGGAUAAUGAUAAGAGCGACUUUGCCUCUAACCUCACGGUGGCAAACGAGAUCCUCGGUCUGCCCAAGGAGGAUCUUGACGAGGCCACAAAGCGGGCAGUGGAGAUGGUCGAAGGAGGAUGGAAUCCCUUUGGAAAUUUGGUAUAA